UCCAACUUUUCUUUCUUUCUUUAUUUUUUUUACUUCCACAUUUGACUUAAUCCCUUUUUGGCCAUGUUAAAUUCAAUCAGUUGAUUAUAUUGCAAAUUCUGAAUUCUCAUAGACCAAAUAGCUGUCAGGAAAUUUCGUUGCUGGCAUCAGAAAUUUUACUCAAAUACGUUUCUGAUAGGAUAAAGAUUAAUAUUUGGUUCGAUACCAUGGAUCCCUUUAGAGGGCAAGGAGGAAUUCAGAUGCUGUUAACUGCAGAACAAGAAGCUCAACACAUUGUUUCCAAUGCAAGAAGCUUGAGAACUCAAAGAUUGAAGCAGGCAAAAGAGGAAGCAGAGAGAGAAGCAGCUCUGUACAAAUCCCACAUGGAAAGUGAAUACCAAAAGAAUCUUUCCGAGACUAGUGGGAACGCUGGAUCUACUGUGAAAAGGCUUGAAGAAGAAACAGAAGCUAAGAUCAAUGAUCUACGAGCAUCGGCUUCAAAGGUUUCUGCAGAAAUUGUUGACAUGCUGCUCAACCAUGUUACUUCUGUGAAAGUAUAAUGCCUUACAUAAGAUUCAGAGAUUGAUGAAGAAGCCAACGGAAGGAGUCAUCUACAAUAAAAGCAGCGAAGCUAUAGAAAUUCACCUCUAGAAACAUUUGCUAUAUCACUAAUAUGGUGUGUUGUUUUGGCAGGAAGACCUGGUUAGAGGGUUUCUUUAAUCAUAAUUCUUUGUAAUAUCAAUCUCCAUUUUUGCUUUAAAUGCUCUACUUAAAGAUUAUAGUUCUACACGUAACUUUCUGUUAGUUCC